AUGACAGACCUGGGCCACGUGUGCGGGUCCGACAUGCGGCCGUCGGACCCUUCUCAGCUCAUUACUCAUUACACUAACAUUCUAUUAAUGAAGGCUUGUAACUUUGUAAACACUACCACAGGUCAUGUGCUCAGUAAUGAACCCAACUUGCCCUUCUCACCGGUCCCAGGCCCUUCUCACCGGUCCCAGGCCCUUCUCACCGAUCCCAGGCCCUUCUCACCGGUCCCAGGCCCUUCUCACCGGUCCCAGGCCCUUCUCACCGGUCCCAGGCCCUUCUCACCGGUCCCAGGCCCUUCUCACCGGUCCCAGGCCCUUCUCACCGGUCCCAGGCCCUUCUCACCGGUCCCUGGCCCUUCUCACCGGUCCCAGGCCCUUCUCACCGAUCCCAGGCCCUUCUCAGGGAGGGAGCAGUGGGGUUAG